AUGUCCAGAGGCGGCCGUGGUGGUGGUCGUGGCGGCAGACGUGGCGGCGGCCUGGGUCUGCCCUGGGGCGACGACCCGAGCAUGAAGGCUGACAGCAAGCCGGUCGAGCUGUUUCCGCCCUUUUCUGUUCCGACGGCGGCCCCCUUGGCCCCCCAGGAGCGCCAGGUGGUCGACCGCUUCCUCCUCAUGCGCGAGCAGAUCCACUCGAGCCCGCUCUAUACGCAGACACGCAUCCGGAAGGACGGCGACGGCGACGGCGAUGGUUCCGGCAAGGCCUACGGCCAGGACCAGAUCAACCGCCAGUACGGCAUCCGCACCAAGGCCACCCUAGACCCUUUCACGGCCGUGCCGCUGUACUCGCACCGCUUCGAGAAGCAGGACCGCGUGCUGCCCGAUCUGACCGGUCGGCCCUUUAGCAAGGAGCUCUUCCCGCCCGAGCUGUGGCCCACGCUCGACGGCAUCGAUGACGGUCGUCGUCUCGUGCGCGGCAGCCACACGCGGCGGUCCCUUGGCGGUGCACAGGCCGGUCGCCGCACUCUCGCCCUAUCCGAGGUCACGACCCUGCGCACGGCCGAGGAGAUCUUCCAGCGACGGAGCGCCGCCGGUGGUGAUGACGACACGCGCAAGGCGCUCGAGCAGCUGGAAAAGUUCAAGAACGUCGGGCUCGACAACGAGGACAAUGUCGAGUUCGAGCUGGUCGAGGACGAGGGCGACUACGAUGAGGUCGAGGACGAGGCCUAUGACGACGACGAGGAGGGCGACUACAACGCCGAAGCUGCCUUUGACAACGGCGACGACGACGACUACGGCGACGACUUUGGCGACGGCGGCGGUGGCGACGACGGCGUGUAUUAG